AUGCUGCGCCGAAUCACGGACACAGAGCGAGGCCUCAAGAGCCUGACGCAGAAACAAGAGUCCUUUGAGAAGGACUUUGAGCAGAACCGGAUGGAAUGGCACCAGUAUGUGAAGGAUCAGGAUGUGGAGGUCGCGGAGAUGAAAGCCAACUUCAAAAAACAGUGUAACUUCCUUGUCGCUCACAAUGCGGACAUUAUGCGGGACAUCCGCCGAGAUUACCAUCUCGAGAUUGCCAGUGUGCAAGAGAUGCGCAAGGACAUUGCUGACACCAUGAAGAGGGUUGCACAGACGUGUGAUGACACCGAGGAGAAGUUGGACAAAGAGAGGUUUCGGAUUGACCGCAUCCAGAAAGAGGUGAAGCAGGAGAUCCGAGAAAUCGCCAAGACUCAGCUAGCAGACCGGGGCAAGCAUGACCAGAACAUGCAGCAGGUCCGAACGGAUUUGGACGAGGAGCGGGAGAAAAAUGCACCAGUACGUGCUCAAAUGGACUCCGUGAGCAAGCUAACAGGGCUAUUGCUCGAAGGUUGUCGUGUG